ACACCUCAUACUUACCUUGAUGGCACAUUCCUCUUCACUUACCUAGGAAUGUGGGCCGUGGGGACCUCUCAUAGCACGGCGACCAUGUCCUCAGGGGGACCUUGCGGUUUGUAUGGGCUUCGGCUCAUGCACCGUCUCAAUAUUUCCCUGUUCCAUUUCGGC